GCAAUUGUGAGCUAAUCUUUAUUAAAUAAAUAAAUGUGCACAGUGAUGUGUUUGUUGGUGCUUCUCCUUUGUCCUCAAUUCUUCAGUUUCCUGAUUGGCUUUGUUUGUAACUCAGUAAUCUUAGCAAAUACUAAGCCUGUACUAAUCCCUGCCAUUAGAAAAAAUAUUACAUUAAUAAUAUUGUUCAAUUAAAAGGUGCAGUAUGAGCUCCAGUCUUAAUAAACACCAAAGGUCUUUAUGUGAGAGUGGUUUUACCUUGACUUUCAGUGAUUUUAUUAUCUCAGUGAUCUAAAUAUGACAUGUAAAGGUACAGGAAAUCUGGCUUUGUUAUUUUGCUUCUCUCCAUAGUAAUUGGUUUGUAUGAGCUGAACAUUAGUUUUUGUUGUCUUCUUAGUUUGUUGCAAAUUCUGACAGCAGCACUCUAAAUUAACUGUUUCAGUGUUCAGAGACUUUUGUUAAGCAUUUUAUCUCUGGUAGAGUAUUCUGGUGUCUCUGAUCCCUGAUAACAUAUCUAGAGGAAGGACAAAAUAAUCAGAAGUAUGCUAAAUUCAAGGAUGUGACUUAAGGUAGGGGCUACGAUUUUUUUCUGAGUGCAGUACUUAAAAAUCUUUGUAAAAUCUGGUUUGACUUACACAGAGCUUCCAUGGCUGGGUGUUUCACCUGGGCGUGUUGAGAUAAUGUUUGCAGAAAUAGAGGUGUAACUGAACUCAUAGAAAAUUAAGAAAACCCACCAGAUUUCUAUGAAAAGUUUUUAAUGAUUUUGCAAGCUCUCUAGAAACUCUGCAGUAGAGGUUGAGAUAGGAUUUAGUACUCAUUGGUGCUUUCAGCCAUCUCUUUCAUCAAUCUCCCUUUACCAUUCUAUGCUUGAUGAUCACUUACAUUUGUGUUUCUGCAACUAGUGAGAGCAUUCAUCAGGUAAUGUCUCAUUCAGUACAAGUCCUUUCUUAUUCCACUGGCUUAUGUGAUGUGUUUUAUUGGUAACAUACUUGGGGAAAGAAAAAAAUAGUCUGUCAUCUUGUCUUCAGACUUCAGCUGAUGCAUCAGAUCUGGUUGUAUUUCUCUGCUUCUAGUUGUUAUUGUCAUAAAUGUGCUUGAAACUCUCAGUUGUGUCUGCAGUGAAAUAGAGUUUAUAGGCAGAUGAUUACUUGGACUUGUGAUGGGAUGAUAGUAACCCUGAAAGGCACUGCUGUCCCUGGGCUCUCCCUUGUGUUAGCUCACUUUUUUGUGUGUGUCAGCACAAGUGUCAUGCCAUAAACAGUGCAGGAUCUAAUUACAAUCCAAGUCUAGGCUAGCUGUCUCUCCUUUUGUGGCUUACUUUUAACCCAGACAGCUGAUGAAAACUGGCCAAGAACUGUUCUCCCAUUGGCAGCCUAAGCAGCAUAUCCUAGAGUGUGUCCUCAGCUAAACUCCUUUGUACAGAUUAUUUGUGUGUGAAGGCUGAGGAGGAGGAUGAAGCACUGAUUAUGGACCUUGGAGACAGCGGGCUGUCCACACAAAGCUGCAUGCCAUUGCCACAGAACUCUGAAGCAAACAGUGCUGUUCACCACAUGAGUCAACUUGCCUAUGGAAAUGAAGGCUUGCCAGUGCUUGCAGAUCUAACAGCCUCACAAAUGGGUCAUUCUGCAAUGAUGCAGAGAGGAAAUGGUCACAGCCCUGAGAAAAGGGAUUUUGUGGUUUUGCGUAAUAAAAGAAAGCGAAUUUCUCCUGCUGUAGUGGAACACAGUGUGAUGAGAACCAGGGAAGAAGAAUAUGAAGAUAAUGACAGUGUCAUUUAUGAGUAUGAACCUGACUAUGAAUGUGAAAGCGUUUUAUCUGAAGCUUCUUAUACUGGAUAUCAACAGAAUCCUCUUAUGGAGGUCCUCAGUUAUUGCCAGGCCAUGUAUGAUGCCAUUCAGAAACUGGAUAAAAAAUUUGAUCUGCUUCAUCGCAAGGUCUCGGAAAUGCAGCAUACUCGUAUAAAGCCAUUCUUGCUCAAACCUAAACCAGUUGGAUUUACAUACAGAAGUUCCAGUCAUUUGCCUUCAGGAAAAAUAAGAGUACAAAAACCCAUGGAAAGAGAUUUAAGUCUUCAUCGUUCUUCAUCAGGCCAGGGAAGGCAUAGCCCAGUUGUAAGGAUUGCUUUGCAAAAUGGUCACGUUCAAGUCAAUUCCAAAACAAAACAUGUCCUGCAGAGUUUUCAGCUUGAAUCUCAUCAGCCUGUUGGAAGGCAGAGCCCACCACUUCCCACUAUAGUUUCUACACAUUCAUUACAUUCAUCAUACACAGCAACUAAUGGGAUGCCUGACCUUUCACCACAAUCAAAUCUUGCUCCCAGUAUUGUGGAAAGUACUGUCAACAUUGCAUCUUCUUCACCUGUGCCAUCACCAUCGAUACCAGCACCGUCUGAGCCCAGUCAGGAAAAUAAUGCUGUGGAGUUGAACUACAGAAAUGCAUCUGAGGAUGUGAAUAUUAGUGAAGAACUACCAUCUUCUUCAGUCUUCAUCAAUCCUAGCCUUGAGUUUGUUGGUGACCCAGCAAGAAAUGUAAAAGUUCUUGGAAACCAUUUGGUGAAGGCUCGGCAAAAGACUAAACCCAAGUACGCAGCGCGCCACUUGGUUCGUGUCUUGUUCCCCAAGAAAACUUUAUUGUGCAGCAUCAUGGGAGCGAGUGCACGAGGGCGCAGGACACUGGAUCCAAACAAAAUUGCUGCAAUAAGAGAGUUUCUUGCAACUAACUUUCCAACCUAUGAUUUGAGUGAGCGUGGAAAAGACUGGAAAACCUGUAUCACAAAUGUCAAUUCUAUGAUCCGCUCCUUACGCUCUGAAAACAAAGCAAAGAAGACAACUGAGAGGAAAGAAGAAGUGUCUGAUGCUCCUGAUACAUCUCAUUGUGUAGAUUUAAAUGAUAAUGAAGAUAGUGGAGACAAUUCUCAGAAAAUGACUGGCUCCACAACUGACACAUUGCAGAAUUCAGAAUCGGAUAAGUUUCCAGAAGCUUUCCACACAUCUUCAGUCAGACAACAACAGUCUUUGGAACCUAUGGAACCUCUUGGGAGCCCGUGGCGCAAUGUUCAGUUGCCUUUCUCCGUAAUUUACGUCGCUAAGGGGAAGGUACGGCCGGAGUUGUCAGCUCGCUUCCUGAUUCGUCACAUGUUCCCAGAAGAGCUGCUGGUGAAAAGCAACGUGUAUGGUAGUCUUGAUCGUGGCAUGAGCCCACUGGAUUCCAAUAAAAUUAAUGCUCUCAGAGAGUUUCUUCAAGAGAAUUUUCCAUCCUUUGAUCUAAAUGAAAGUGGAUUUGAUUGGAAGGCAUGCGUGGCUGCCAUAAACAGCACAAUCCGCAGCCUCAGGCAUGAGCUGAAAAAGGCAACGUCUGGAACCCGCCAGAGAGCCCGCGCAGAGUCCCCCAGAAGAUCCCACUUCCGUAAAGCUGUCUCUCAGACUGAAGCUCUCUAGCAUCUGUCUCAAAUCUUAAUUUAGCAGGUUUUUAUUAAUUCCAUGUAAAAGCCUGUAAUAUCGAGCUGUCCUGUUCAAGUGAGGUGUCAGCAGCACAAAUAGCAUCACUUCAUGAGACCAAAAUUAGCAGAAGGCUUGGGAGCCUUAACUCUUUGCAUAGGUAGUGUUUGUGCUCCUCAGAAAUUAUUUUCAGUGUUCCCUGUAGCAUUUGCAAUGCGCAUCUUCUCAUGAUUCUCAAAGCAUCUUCUUCUGAUUCAUUGAAUCUGAAAGAUUAAUCUGGUUAGAAAAGAUGCACUGUGCAUCAAUUCAGCACAAGCAGAUGGAAGAGAGGAGAGGAAGGAGUGGUUCUCCUUGGAGGGUGAAUCAUAGCCAGUUAAAUUAUCUCAUUAUGUGUGAGGAAUGAAAUUUGCUUUGACAAUUGGGUAUCUUCAGCAAAAAUAUCAGAAAGGAAAAAAUAUUUUUAAUUGCAUUUAGUUAAUGCAUUUGUCGUAUCUGGACUUGAUGAUCUUCAAGGUCUUUUCCAACUAAUGAUUGUAUGAUCUCUCACAUUUUUGCCUCCUAUAUCCGUGGGGUUUUUGCAGGAUAAGAGGCAGACAACAAUGUAAGUACAGCUGGUAAUGUAUGGGGGAAUGAUGCCUUAAGUUUUAGCUUUCAUAUUUUCCAGAUCCUGUACUGCAUUAGUAUAUAACUUUGAACUUCAUGUGAAGUGUUAGCAGGUUCUCUUCACAGUUUAGUUAGACAAAACAAUCCUUUUCCAGCCUGAGAACCAAGGACACCAUUGCAGCUUCAGGCCCAGAAAGUAUAAACAGCGAAAUGAGAGGAGCGGUGUUGGAGGAUGGGACUGCUUAACCUGAAGCUGUAAUUGUACAAUUAACCCCAGUAUGUAAAUUGACCAAAGCUUAUGGAAGUGCAAAAACUCCUGACCCAUCGUCCAUCUUGGGCGUAGCCUCGGCCAGGCUCUUGUACUGCCCAAGGUGUAUCUUUUGAAAGCCUUUUAAUAAAUACCUACUUUAUUCCUUUAACACUGUCUAGCCUCUGUUCCAGGUAGCCUCUCAAGGCAUCAGUUACACUGCUUUGCUCUGAUUUAGCUGUACUAAAAGGACAAAAAAAAAACCAGUCCAAUGGUUAGUUCUGGGUUUUUUAAAUUAAAUUUAAGGAAAAUACUUCUUCAGGGUCCUGAACUUCACCAUCUCAUGGUUACUGUGGCUAAGACUUCACAUUUGCAGCAAAUGCCUUGCUGUAGGUGUAUGAGGCCCAGAAAAGCACCUGUUAAUAAUAAAUGUUCAUGCCCUUGCCUUUCCUUUGUGUCUACACAAGACUAAGAUUUAUUAGUGCACUAAGUUAUAUAUUUAAAGAAAAAGAACAGACAAACUAAUUGUAACAAACUAAUUUUCAAAAUCACUGGGAUGUUGAACUUUUACAAAUAAAUAAAAAUUAAUUACCGUAUAUAUUCAAUUUCAUAUCUUGCUCAGUUUAAUUUGUAAGUUAGAAUUCAAGAACAGUAACUGUACAGAAGUUAAUGGGAUUUUUUGUCGAGUAACUUCUUUGUUAUUUGGGGUUUUUUUAUUUGUUUGUUUUCAAGAAAGGAAGUAAUCAUAGAAUCAUAAAAUAUGCUGAGUUGUAAGGGACAUAUCAGGAUCAUAAAUUCCAACUCCUGACAGUGCAUAGGAUCAUCCCCAAAAAUGACACCAUGUGCCUGAGAGCAUUGUCGAAAUGCUUCUUGAACUCUGUCAGGCUUGGUGAUAUGGCCACUUCCCUGGGAGGCUUUGCUAGUGCCCACCUACCCUCUGGGUGAAGAACCUUUUCCUGAUAUCCAACCUAAACCUCCCCUGCUACAGCUUCAGGCCAUUCCCUCAGGUCCCAUCACUGCUCCUAAGAGGAAAGAGAUGAGUACCUGCCCCUCCUCUUCCCCUUGUGAGGAUGUUGAAGAUCACAAUGAGGUCUCCCCUCAGUCUCCCCCCGUCUGGCAAAAACCAGGUGACCUCAGCUGCUCCUCAUACAGCUUCUGCUCCAGACCCUUCACCAUCCUCAUGGUCCUCCUCUGGACUCACUAUAGCUGAAUGUGUUCCUUAUAUUGUGGUGCCUAAAACUGCUCCCAGCACUCAAGGUGAGGCUGCCCCAGUGCAGAGCAGAGCAGGACAAUCCCCUCCCUCUCCCAGCUGGCAGUGCUGUGCCUGAUGCCCCCCAAGACCCUGCUGACCCUCCUGGCUGACAGGGCAUUCCUGACUGAUCAACCAGGACCUCCAGGACCUUUUCCAUAGCUGCUCUCCAGCUUCUCCUUCCCCAGCUGCUGCAUGCAGCCAGGCUUGCCCUGUUCCAGGUGCAGAGCCCAGCCCUUGCCCUUGCUGAACCCCUACAGUUGGUGUGAGCCUUUCUGUUCGUGUUUCCCAGCAUCAGUCACACGGGCCUCGCAGUGACUGUACUGGCUGGCUGCUGUGAGAACUUGCCUUGCCACUUGUGUUGGGUCUGAGUGCAGUCUCAAAGGUCCAGUUUCUUCACAGAAGGAAGCUUCUUGGAAGACUGGCGUAGGGAGUGGAUUUUACCUCUGAAGGGUUGUGGAAACUGUGACUUCCAAAAUAACACCUGUACAUAGCAGAGUUAGAUGUAACUAAAUCUGUCCUCUCCAAGGCAAAGGUUUCAUAGUUUAUUUGUUAGCAGUAGGAUAGAACAGUGAAUUUACUCAUUCUCAAUUCAACUUCUGUUCAUAACAGACAGUCUUUAUGUACAGAGUAUAGGACCAGCUUUUUAAUUACAACUUAGGAUAUGCAAUGGCCUUAUCAAAUAUUAAAUCAGUUGGUAAUUUAAGUUCCUUCUGCCACCUCCUUGCAGAAGUCUGCUGUAGGAUUCAAGAAAGAGACUGAAUUUCUGAUUUUCUUUUCUUGGUAGAAAUAUUGUACUGAAAAUUCGGUUGUUCUGGUGUACUAUUAACAGGCUCUUCUGUUACUUGCUAUACAGUCCUUGUUGUAAAUGCCAAGAACUUUGUUGUGUAUAGGUAUUACUAGUUCCAAACCUCAGAAAAAGACAAAAAUGCUUAUAUUUUUUUCAGUAGUUUUAUUAAUUGUUUUCACUGCCCUUCACAGGUUUUAAUGGUGGAAGGAUAUAUUUAUUGAAUGAUGUGUCUGGCACUGAAAUCUGUUAACUAUGGUGUAUAUCUAUAGCUUCCAACUUGAAAAGAAAAUUGAAUUGAAGUAGAAAUAGUUUUCUUGUUUCUGUUUUAAAUGUAUCAAAUUUUCCUAACUUUUAUAAAGUACAAUUAAAGUAUUUUGCUGUUAGGAAUUAAGUAUUUUACAAAUAAAACUGCCAUAUAGUUCUUUGACUACA